UCCAUCGUGAUUGGAAUAGGGGCGGGGCUGGCUGGUCAUCCUUAGAUACCCACCAUGUGCAAGCUGUUGUUAAUUUUAUAAUAAAUGUGGGAGAAGACACCAUCAUGGCAGAAGAAAAGUUCCAAGUUACUUCAGAGGAGGUGGAUAAAAUAAGCAAGGCACUCAAAGACGAUGAAUUUAGGAAACUGUUUUUCGACUACGCUAAAGAAAUUAGUGACCCAGAGAACAAGCAGAAAUAUGAGGAGGAGCUGAUAGAGCUGGAGAAGAUGCGUGGAGUGGAUAUGAAGUUUCUCAAGCCAACUCCUGGAUACGUCUUGAAGUUGUACAUUCUGCCUGAGGGUGAACAGAAGCUGUUUGUGAACAUGUGCAUGUCCGAUGCCGUUGAUCCUUCAGUGGCUGAACGUAUCAGGGGCAGUAAUGGAAAGAUUGGGGAAAGUUGGAACAUUCCGUAUUCUCUCACACCGCCCAGGGACGACCAUGACAAAGAAAAGAGCAAGUGCACAGUUGUUGAUGCCAUAUUUCAUCCGGACACUUACAAUAGAGCUCAACAGAGUGCUCGUUUCAAGCAGCUACUUGUGGAUACUGCCUUAGAAGGAAUUGAGGAGAAUUUCAAGAUAAAAGUGGAUCGAAAACGGAUGAAAAAUCUCAAAAUGUCCUACAAAGGAAUAGCCUCCUCAUCUGUUUUAAGAGUACCUAAAGAAGAGGUAAAAAAUCGGCCUCAGACUGUGGACCUGGGUGGCCUACCAUUGAAUGUGCCCUACCCUCCCCUCAAAGAUGUUGCCAAUAAAGCUAAACCUCCCUCCAAAGAGAAGAAGCUCAAACCACCCUCAGAGCCUCGCUAUACUAUUGUGUACAGUGGAGAGUUCACAAUGCAAGACUUUACCAAUGACAGGGAAUCAUCACGAGUCAAGAGACCGGAGAGGAUGCUGGUAACUGUUGAGCUGCCUAGAGUGGGGUCUGCCAGUGCUGUGGACUUGGAUAUCUUUGAGAAGAGGUUGACACUGGAGUGUGCUAGUCCCCCCUACAAACUUGAUCUUGCUCUCAGUUAUCCUGUCGACAGCGAUAAAGGCACAGCCAAAUUUGACAAAGCCAAGCAAGCUCUGACAGUCACUCUUCAUGUCCUCCCACCACCACCAGUGGAAGGACCCUCUAUCCCACAGAGACAGCUCGUCAAUGAGCUGGAACCGACUGAGACCGAUCAGAAUGGAGAAGAAGAGUCACAUGUCAACCCUGAAAUCCAAAAUCAAAAUGGGCUACAUUCAGGUGCUAACUCAACUGAUGCAGACGAAUAUACCCAUGAGAAUGGACAAGAGUCGAGUGCCCCCUCUGUGCUGGAAGACUUGGUAUCCACUGGGGAGUGGUCCUGUCCUCCCUUUAGCUAUCGGCAGGAUGAGUGUAGUGUCACCUUUGUACUGCACACCCCCAAUGUGAAGGAAAACUCGUUUGUGGCCAACUUUGACCAACGCUUUGCACAUCUGACGUACAGAGGGGCCUCAGGCAAGAGCUACUCCUUCUAUGUGUGUUUUAGUGAGAAGUGCUUGUUGGAGAGUGAUGACUGUGUGGUGGAUGUGUCUGAUGACAAUGUUGUAGUAUUGCUCACUAAAGAUGGCAAAGGACUCUGGGACAAGUUUGAAGCUGGACUCAACAUCAGCCAAACUAAGGAGAAGCUGUUUCUGACUGAGUCCAAUGUGGAGAGUGCUAUUGAGGAGAUGGAAAGUUUCCCAGAUCCUUGGGCUAACAAGAGUGGCUUAUCUGAGUCUGCACAAGUCAAGAUUGUCUCACAAAGCGAUUCUCACUUGAAUAUUGAAAUUGUUGACCAAAAAACACAAGCUAUUUCUAUUGAAGCAACUUUCCCGGCAAAACAUUCCAAGGAAACUACUCAAGCGAGUAAUUCAGAGGACAAUCCCGAUACUAAGGGAGCUGAAAAUUCCGAAAUCCAAGACCCACCUCAAACAGAAGUUAUCCCCACUGAAUUGUCUUCUGUAACAAAAGAAAGUUUGGAGGGAGAUACUCAAGAAAGUAACGAACACAAAACUGAAAUCACGCUAGCUAAAAGCUCUAAACUUAAUGACUGUACGAAUUCGACUGAUGCACCUGAAACAGCUGCAACAGUCAGUACAGAAACAGCAACUGCUGAACCAAUGGAUGGUGGUAGUUUUGUGAAGAUGGAGGCUGAUGGUUCCAUGUUUGUACGAGCAGAUAGUGACUAUGUUGAGAGCAGGGAGAAAGGAAGAAUGGAGUUUGGGAAAGAGACUACCAAACCACCAGGGAUGCAGUUUAGUAACAAGUUAAUGUUCUCAUUGGACUAGAAUUUUAUUAUCGCAUAAAUUAUUGUAUCACUGUAUUAUUUCUGUAAUGCUUAUUUAAAGACAAUAAAAAUGAAAGUUUGUGCACAUGAUGAUGAAAAUAAUGACGAAAAUAAUGACUGUAAAAAAAUUAAUUAAAUCCA